CAAUAAAUAUACUUAAUCAAUUUCUCCAAUUAAUCUUAUCAUUUUGAUUUUUUUAUCCGCUGACGGGUGGAAAUUAUUUUGAUCAACAAAUCGUCAUUACCUAUAAUAGUAGAUCCCAUCCUUUGUCGCUGAGAUGUGGCUACAUUAUAUUUUUGUCAUAUUGGCAAGCGCAUAUAUUGUACUAAGUCAAGAUAUAGCAACCAGCAAUGAAGAUGUUUUAAAAAACAGCAUAUUAAAGGCAAAUGAUGUUACUUUUCCAGACUAUUGUAAGAAUGACUUGGGAGAAAAAGUUUAUGGAACAAUUAGAUUUAAAACGGACUGCAGGAAAUAUGUUCAAUGUGGCCACCAAGUUGAACAAAUAAUGUGGUGCCAAUCAGGUCUUUUGUUCAACAACAUUAAAAAAUGGUGCGAUUGGCCCCUUUCGGCGAACUGCAUUGACUUCCCCGCCAAAGACAAAACCAAACUAGUCAUCCCGGCUCACAGCAUAUCUUGGUAAAUUUAUUAAAAAAAAACAAACAACUAAAUUAUUUAUAUCUCUAUUUAUCAUUUUUGUACAAUAGUUAUAAUAAAACCACCUUUUAAUACUAAAA